AUGCACCCCGUCUCAGUCCUCACGUUUGGGAUCUUCUUAGCUGGCUACAUCACCGCGCGCUGGGAUCUCGUUACACGCUUGUAUGAGCUUGCCAUAUUCGCCUGGGAUCACGGAGUUAUCACACGCGCUGCGAAAGGGUUCGCGAUCCUGUCCAUCUUCUUCGUUGCCGUCCUGAUACCCGUCGAGCGCAUUGCCGCACGAGAAACCGAGCUACACCCACGAACACCAGACGCGGGAAUAUCAGCGCGGGAGCAGCUGAGACGGCGAGGCUCGUUCUGA